AUGGCCCCGCGACGGCAGGGCGCCACCGGCGAACGCGAGGCGGAGGAUGCUCAGGGCUGCUGUGUCCCCGGCGAGUGCCUUCGCCCCCGCGAGCCCGUACGCGUUGAGGACGCCGUUCGCGUGCUUUGUAAUAAUGACACGUGCGCCGUCGGCCGGUACAUGCACCGAGAAUGCUUCGAGCAAUGGGAGGCCGGCGUGCUCGCUUAUCUCAAAUCCUGCGGCCGGGCGCGUUCAUGGUCAGAGCGGCAGCGUCACCAGAAUCUUUGGACUAAGAAAGGCUAUGAUUUAGCAUUUAAGGCAUGCGGAUGCCGGUGUGGUCGAGGACACUUAAAGAAAGACUUAGAUUGGGCUCCGCCUGGUUCGGUUAUCAGAGCAGAUGAAGAGAAGAAGCGGCGAAGGCGAGCACGGUCAGGACGAACACCAGCGGCUGUCGAUGUACGAUCGAGAGCAUUCAGUCUCUCAAGCUCGGGCUCUUGUUCACCACCGUCCGCUUCUUCGGAGCCUUCGGCUAGUCCCACACACGUUGUACCACAUGCGAUUACUUCUGCAAAGAGAAACUCGAAAUCAGAAAUUGUUUCCGACAGAAUCAGAGCCGGUGCUGGUGCGAAUGGCAUAUUCUCGAGGCGACUGGAUUUUUCCACAUUCAACCUUUUGCCGAAGCACAAAGUCAACUCAUAUCAGAUUAAGAUUGAGGAUGAAGGCAACCACGGUAACGACGACACACGCCUGUUUAUCCUGUCGACCCUGGCGGGCCAGCAUAAACCGAGGGUAUCGUGUGCAUUAUGCAAAGAGACGUUGGACGUAUUCGACCGUUACCCGCUGGUCGAUGGCACCUUCUUUCUCAGUCCGCGCCAACACACCAGCAGCGCUGUUGAGGUGAAAGUGGAGGGUCGGACACAAUACCUGACGUGUGUCUGCAUGGGAUGCCUCGAGCGGUGCGAUCCAGAGCGCACGAUCCGCUGCAGGUUCUGCGGGCAGAAGUGGGAUGGUUCUUCCCUCGUGCUUGGCACUAUGUACUCCUACGAUAUAUUUAUGGCAACACCUUGCUGCGCUGAGCGAUUGAAGUGCAACAACUGUUACAAACCGCUCCUGCACCCGCAUCAACGUCUCAACUACUCGGACUACUCGCACCCGGUCACGUGCCCGCACUGCCGCGUGCUCGACGCGCACUUCGUGAAGCCACUCGGCUACUGCUUCACAAAACGGGCGUUCCCGCUGUUCCAGCAGUGGCCAUAA